GGCUGAAGUCACUACCUCUGCUUUUAUUGAUCUGACGAACUGUUAAAUGAAGCUGACGGAUGUUUAGCGUGAACACUCAAAUCGCAUCAAUGCCGAAAUCACUCUGAUGUACAAUGACAGUCUUUCAUUUGGAUGAUUUCUUGGCAGGAUGGAUUGGAGGAGCGUCCAGUGUGAUUGUGGGACAUCCGCUUGACACAGUCAAGACUCGUUUACAAGCUGGCAAAGGAUACAGGAACACUCUCCACUGUGUUGUAACAAUCUACAAAAAGGAAAAUGUUACAGGCUUUUUCAAAGGCCUGUCCUUUCCAUUGGCCAGCAUCACUCUUUAUAACUCUAUGGUGUUCGGCUUCUUCAGCAACACGCAGCGCCUCAUCAGCAGAUAUCGAUAUGGCGACGGCAGACACCCGUGCAGCAUGCUUGACUUGACUGUAGCAAGCAUGUUGACUGGUCUGGUUUCAGUGGGGGUGGGUGCCCCUGUUGACCUUGUCAAAAUUAGACUGCAGAUGCAAACUCAACCUGUUCUUGCAGAGAACUUUAACCUUGCUGGGAAUGGGAGUGUCCCUCUCCGGUCAAUGGGAAUCCAGUCCCAGUCAUUGUACAGAGGGCCACUGCACUGCAUUAGUACCGUCCUGCAGAACGAGGGCAUUCAAGGGCUCUACAGAGGCGCGGGAGCCAUGAUAAUACGGGAUGUACCUGGUUACACCCUGUACUUCAUACCGUACACGUUAUUCUGUAACUGGCUGAACCCUGAUGGCAAUGCCGCGCCCCAUCCCUGCUGCAUAUGGCUAGCAGGAGGUUUAGCAGGAUCCAUCUCAUGGGUCACCGCCACACCAACAGAUGUGGUGAAAAGCCGGCUGCAGGCAGAUGCCAUGCAGCACAGGAAAUACAAGGGCAUUCUGCACUGCAUCGUGCAAAGUUACAAGACAGAGGGAAUACAUGUUUUCUUUCGUGGCGCUACUGUCAAUGCUAUCAGAGGAUUUCCAAUGUGUGCAACCAUGUUUCUCGGUUACGAGCUUUCCCUCCAGUUUUUCCGCAGUUUCUAAUACAGACUUCCAGAAAUGAUUUUAGGGGAUUUGUGAUUUUAAUGCCAUGUUAGAGACUUACAUGUGACAUGAAUGUGAGUUCAUUGUUGAUACAAUGAAGAGUAUCAGUGAAGCUUUUAGGUUUUUCUUAUAUUAAGAAAAUAGUGGAAAAUAGGUACAUUUUUUGAAAAUAUUUUGGUUUACUCAGAUAUUUUAAUAUAUGAUUAUGCAUCAUCUGCAUGUGAAUGAUACACUAAUUUCUAUUUUUGCUCAAAGAUACCUGUCCUAUUAUACAUGUAUAUCUGUUCUGUCCCAUUAAAUUAGAUUCUGUCUUUAAAAUGAUUAUCUGCUAAUGCAAUAUUAUUCAAAUAUGUGAAUAAAUCAAAUGAUAUAGUGAGGUAAAGUGUCUGCUAACUUGUUUGUAUGAAUCAAUUUCAAUCUAAUACUGAUGUAUUUUACUUGAUGAAUUUUAAUGAGAUUUAUUUUUGUAGAAGUACUUCUGAAGACUGAAGACAGACAUGUAUUGCCCUUUUUUGGAAGUCUGAAAAGUCAGUCAUUUCACUGGCCACUUGUACAAAACACAGCACAACACAUCUCACUGACUUUAGCUGGAAAAAUGACUCUUUGUUAUUGUCUUCUUGCAUUAUUGACAUACUGUUUUCCUGUUUGACAUUGUAAAGCUGCUUUGGCACAAUCAGUAUUGUAUAAAGCGCUAUACAAAUAAAGGUGACUUGACUUGACUCAUACUACACCGAUAUGCAACCUAGAGAAUAUAUACAUUGUAAAGAUAAAUUAAAUAUAAUGUAAUAAGUAGUGUUAACAUUAUUUUGUCUAACCCCUGUAUAUAAAAUGAAAUAAUUUGAUGUUG